CGUGACCAAAACUUUGACGACUACUUGUCCUAAUAUUCCUUUUGCUGAGAGGGCUAGGAAAGAAGCAUCCAUCUUAUCUGUCAGCUAGAAAGACGCCAGUAUUUGGCAAAAAGCCCCUUUUGGGCUUUCAUGGAAGGGUUUCUAGUUCAAUGGAAUUUGGAAAGACAGUUAAGGAACACAAGUUCCUGUACCUUGCCUUUUUGGUUCAAGGGUGUGUGGAAAAACACAACUACUGAGGCACCAGGCUAGCAAGGACUGGCCCACUGUGUGCACCUGCAGCAGCUGCAGAAAGGAACAGAGACUCAACACUGAUAUCAUCUAAGGACCUUGAUCUAUGUUGCCUUCACAUUUGUAUACUGAGAUGUCUUCAAAGUCCAGACAUCGUGGAAACUACAGUAACACUGAAAAUAAGCGAGGACUCCUUCUCUCAACGAAAGUGUCAUGGACCCAGUUGGAUGAAGAUUUUUCCAGUCCAGCAGAAGAAGUAGACAAGCCCCCUGCUAUUCCACAGCUUUUAGACCACAGGGAAAAAAACCUUUGCAACUGGAUGGACUCUGGUUUCUACUUAUCUGGAAGCAAAGAUUCAGAAGAAGGCAGAGACAGAGUAGCAGUGCCUGCUGAAGAAGGGAAUGCUUGUUCCCCUCCCAAGGGAAUGGUACAAAUGACUGUGCAAAACUACAUGCGAUCCUUGCACCAGUUUUCAGAAAUGCCUGUUCUCUCGAGAUGGAACAGUGCCAGCUCAUCCCAUUCCCUCUCCAGUGCUCCCAAAAGUGUCAUUGAAUGGCUAGAUUUCUGGGAAAAUGAUCCAGUUGAGAUCCUGCUUGAUUUAGGAUUUGGCACAGAUGAACAGGAAAUCUGCACUAAAAUCCCUUCUCGGUUCAUCAGUUGUGCUUCAACAGCUAAAGGAAUAAAUAUCCGUGUCUUCAUUGAAGCUCAACGACAGCGUAUGGAUCUGGAAAACCCCAAUCUAUGUGGGCGUUUUCGACAAUUGCAAGUCCUGGAUCAUGUGACCAUUGCUUUUUCCUCUUUGCUGAAUGAUGUCAGUGCCAUGCAGCACAAGAUGGAAGAAGAAAAGAGGGAGGAGAAAAGCACAGUAGAUCUGCUGAAGGGGAAAGCUGUGGUCACCCAAGCAAAGAGAAAGAAGAUAGGUCAGCUACUGAGAAAAGCAUCCAGGCACACAACUAUACAUGCCCACCAAGGUUACCGAAAUCCUGGCCCAUGUAAAGCCAAAGAAGACUGCGCUGCUGGUGGUGGUGGUGUGGACUUGUGCACUUCAACCAGAGCUGGCAUGUCGGAUAACACUACCUUGGUCUCUCUAACAGAAGAACUGCUCCCAAACGAGGAGCUGGCAGAGGCAAUGACUGUUUCUCAGCCCAUUACAUCCAGCAAAAGAGUGCCCUUGCCUCAUCUACCUACAGAACAGCCCCAGUUUCCUUCCACUUCAGAGACACCCAUGAAAGACAGACCACGCAAAGAGCUCAAUCUGCUUUUGACUCAAACACUCCGGAGGGUUUCGAGCUUAAGCAAGAAGCUUUCAGAUUCCUUUGAAAUGGAAGAGAUCCAGAGCUUUGAAGAUGAAUUUUCUUGGGGAAAUCCUCUUGGAAGCACUUCAGAUAUGAUUGCGACAAGAACAAGCAGUUGCCAGUCUGACAGCAGUGGAUUUCUAGAAGAUCCUUCAGAGCCUGCACCUCUACAGGGUUUGUCUCUCCCUGGAAACAUGAGGCUUAGCUACAAUUCAUAUGAUUGCCAAGCAUUUCUGCGACACAGGAAAGAUUCAUCUAUGGCUAACCAUGAUCUUCUGCAAAAUGUAACAGGCCCAGUUUCUAACAUAUCGGCAGCAAACCAUGACCACAUUCCAUUGCUAGCCAGCUUGAGCAGAGAGCAUAAUUUUCAGGGUGAGGAAAUCUUUUAUUCCAUAAAUGAAGAGAAUGAUCUGUAUGAUGAUUGCAGUGGUCAGUCGGGAUGUGUUGACAGUGAAAAGGAACAUGAAAUGGAUGAGAAGGAGAUACAAGGUAGAAGAGGACAAUUGGACAAGAGGGAUAGUGAUGUGGAGGAAGGUCUUUCAUGCUGUGAUGCAGCAAGUAUGAAUCAGGCGGCCAUCAACACUCCAGAAAGAAACAGCUUCUCACAUUGUAGCGAAGAGCACCGAAGUGUAGGUUCUACUCCUGCAAUGGAAGGCUGCAUGCUUCUUAUUGGACAUAGUGAUGGCAACACUGGUGAAGAUGAAAAGGAAUGUGAAGAAGAAGAAGAAGAAAUCAGAGACACUUGCCAAGAUGUUCUGGAAGCUAUUGCUGUAGAUCUGGCCGAAGAGCCACAUGAUCAGAAGGCUUAUGGAACGCUAGACUCUCCCAUUCCACUCCCAGAUGGCACAGGUGAUGGUCAGAAAAAUGAAUUAAACACGAUUGUCGGACCGGUGGGGAAAACCAAAGUCUCCCAGACUGAACACAAUGUCAUAGUUGUGCAGCCAGAGUCCGGUGUUAUUUCAAGAAACCCUCUUCAAGAUGCUAACCAAGCCUGUCACUGCUUUGGAAAGGGAGACAAUGGCUCCUUGGAUAGAUCACCAGUGGGCCUAGAACUUGGUGAAGAUGGGUGCAUCCCUGGCUCUGAAAUGAAUGCGAGCUCAUCUAAAUCUGUCACUGUCCAGAUGCCUUCAAGACUGAUGUCGACUAUGCGGAGCAUCUCACUUGGCGAAACUGCCGCAAAAGGCCAGUCUGUGGACUCCACAUCUAGCAUCUCCCAGCGUUCUAAGGAGGAACCCGAAUUUACAUCAGUACCCAAGGCAUCAAAGGGGGAAGACAGGCAAACGAAAGAAGCUUCUAUUCAAACAGACAGGAGCCAAAGAAAGAAGGAAAAUCUCCCCCUCUUCCGGUGUCUCCCUUCGUUUCACAGGCAUGGCCAUCUUGUGAAGGCUGCUUCCUUAGAUACAGGGCUCUAUUGGAAACGCAGAUCUUACCCCCAUGAACCUUUGAAUGCCUGGUGGGCCCAGCAUAGAGGUCACAGCUGCUCUUUGUGUUCCUACCACUGCUGUUUGACGUGGCCCUUCACGCCCUCGUGGAGACACCCCACGGCCUGUCAUUCAUCUCAUGCCACCACCGAGCUACAGCUUCUGAAGACUCUCCAGCUGCUGCAGGACACGACCAUGAGAAAUAUUUCUUCUUGCACGGUCCAUGAAAUUGAAAUUAUGAAAAAUUCAUGUCAAAAGUUUCGAGAACGACUGGAUGAGAUUGAACAGCACCUAACAGAGCAAGAAACUCUCUUCUCCAGUGCAAUGUCAAAGGAAGGGCGAGAGGAAAGAAGGCGAUUACAGGUCUUGCGGCAAGCUGUACGUCGAGAGGUGGCUGAACUGGAAUGCCAGUUGCAGGAUCGUGCUCGCCAGGUUAGGGAGGGCAUGCUAAUGCAUCUGGAUCAACUGUUGGAUGAACAGGCUUGUUUGUGUUCAGCGCUUGGAAUUUCUGACUGGAGAGAAGAACGAGACACCAAGGAUGGGGCUGUUCUCCCAGACCCUCCUCCUGCUUCUUUGUUGAACCAAGCCAGUUGUUCAAAGGCUGCCCACACCAGGCGGGCUCCAAGCAGGAGUGCACUGGUCCCACCCAGCUCUGGUUCCUCCUUACUCAGAGAACCUGAGUUACCGGCUUCAGUUGUAGCAACGAAUCAGACCAGCUCUGCAUCUAGCCCUGAGGAAUUCCACACCAGUAAAAAAGAAUGCAAAUCUCCUUCUCAGCCAAAAAUAGACUUCAAGGCCUUUAUACAGAAUCUGAAGAGGUCUUUCCGAAACUCUUUCAGUAAUGACACAGGAGAAGGAAGAGACUGAUGGUAUUUCCAUGUUUUUGCUGAAGCAUCGUGCAGAACUGGAGCUAAGAUGGUUUUUUAUUUGCGUGAUAAUUAUUCAUAAACCUCAAAACCCCUGAGUAAAGGGUUGGAUUACUGAGCUAUUAGAGGCAGGAGUCAAGAACUGGGCACCGGCUGAAAAAACUGUCGUGAGAUAAAGCCCUUACGGAAGCUAGGCACAAAUAGUUAUUUUGUUGAUAUGACCUUUUCAAAUCCCAUUCCAUAUAGUACUCACGCAGUACUGACACUCAAGUAAUGUUAGUGCUGCCUCCUGCAAUGAGGGUCUCCAGGAGGCAGCACAGUCUGGCUCUUGAAUAUCCUGAUGUUAACCAACACCUGCUUGUAGGAAUUAAAAACACAGAAAACUCAAAUUUUCCCAGCUGCAUUACAGAAAUCUAGCUCUCUCUCUCUCUCUCUGUGGGGAUUGUUGUUCUUAAUUUGGUAACGUUAACUGAGACCUUAAAAAUGUUUUCCCUUCCUGAAUAUGUUUCGCAGAUCCUUUGGAAAAAUGCUGUAUGUGUUUUACAGUUCUUAUUUUAAGAUUAAGAAGUCUCCUGGCACUGACAUCAAAUGAAGUUAAAAAUAUAGAGGGAGGGACUGCCUCCCCCAAAAGAUCUGCUUUAAUGCCAUCCAAUACUUUCCCAAAAUCUUGAGUUUCCUUUUACGCCUCAUUUUAGCUUGUGCCUUCUUGUUUAGCUUCUUUGGAAAUCAAACAUAUCAGACAUGCUUGAUACCUUCUUUGAAAUCAAAUGUGCCUAAAUUCUUAUCAGGUACCUAGAAGUUGAAUUUGAUAACUCACUUGUUGCUGUUCUGAAACAGUUCAGUAACACAUUGUCCCCAAGGCCCCGGCUGCCACUCAGGAUUAAUGCCAGGGCCAUCUUUCAACUGGUCACUUACAUGACGAAAUCUGUUUAGGCACAAUCAUUUGAGAUGUCACUUUUUUAAACUCCAGAAACCUACUUGGGUACCCAUCUUCAAACCUCCAGCCCAGGAAGGAGGCAAAACAGUUUUCUGAAGUCAUGGGGUUUUGAGUUACUUGCCAUACACUGCUUCUUAAUACUGCAAUACAGGGAUGUGAAUAUUCACUAAAUGCUUCAUUCUCACAGGUGUAAGUGCCUUGACUGGACAGAUACUGCAAUGAGGAAUUUUGAAGCCAGGCAAGAUUCCUCCCCACCAGUCAGAGAGCAAGAUAUAAAGAAUUCCUGCCUCCCCGCAUCAAGUCUUCUGCAAUGUCCACAAAAUAUCUCUGUGACAAUCUGCACAAAACAGGUGGCUUUUCCUGUUAUGAAGCUAAGCAUGCAGCAAGCAUUAAAGGACUUGGCUAAUUGUUUUACAAGACACAAACAAGCUGGAUGCUUCUAAUUUUUAAAAAUCCAACGAGGAAGCAGUUUGUUGAUGGUGGCAGAAAAUGCCUCUGGCUUGAAAGAAGAAGAAGAAAUUGGUUAUUCAUCAUCCUCAGCUGCAAAGAGAAGAGAAGCAAGGAAUUCCAACCUUGUUGCUAUUCUACUAUUUUCCACCAACAAGUGUAUGUAGCCAUUAUAGUCAUGAAAAACCUGAUAUGAGACAUUUGUGCAUAUCUUCUGUGUUUGGAUCCAGUCAGAAGAAUACCUUAACAAUUCCCCCUGCUCUUCCCACCACCACCACAACUACAAUCCAUAUGCAGAAAACUGUUUCUAUGCCACCUCUACAUCCGGCACUGGACUAUGGCAACAUAUCAAGUCCUCAAAAUAAGGACACUGUUAUGUGGUAGCUAUAUAAACUUUUUCCCUGUGGUGAAUUUCAUUCAUAAUAAAUAAUAGUGUGUCACUUAAAGUUGACUUUAUAAUUUAACAGAUCAUAGAUACCUAAGGUACAAUCUGUGAGAGGCCUCCAUGCAUGCCAUUGUUGAAGUUAUAUAUAUUCCUGUUCAGUUAAGAGAGGGGGGUGUAUGAUGUAAGUGAUAUAUCUAGCCUGGACUAUAGGCCAUGCUGGCUGGUCCAAUAACAUUUGGAGGCCCACCUCUGGCACAAUGGAACUAUAACUGAACACAUACUUACAGAUCUAUAAAUACAUUCCUCUUCAAACAGUCAUUUAGAAAUGUAUUGUAUAUGUGGCAGGGUGAGAAACAGCAUUAUUUGGCUAUGCAACUGUAAGUAGGAGAAAGCCAGCUUUUAAUUAUUUUAGCAAUAAAGCCUCUGAGCAAUGGAACAAAAGUUCUCCCUGGUGUCUCCCUCGUUUCAUUUGAUAUCCCAGAUCAAAUCACUGAUUUUUUUUCUGAAACAUAUCUCUCCCUUCAUUUCAGAAAGAUGUGGUCAUCAUUUAAUGGCAUACAUCUUUUGAUACUGAUUAAGACACUCUUACAUUCAGUUCAUCCCAUGCAUUAUAUCCCAUGCAUUAUAUGCAUUUUUGUGCACAUUAAUCAAAAGUAUCCAUUUAGACGCACCUUUCCAUAAG